AAUUUCAAUACAUCGCCAAACGCCGAAGCGAGCGGUGUGGAGUUCGCGUUUCGUCGUGAUACACGCGUUUCUUUCUUUGCUUGCUUACUCUUCCGACGUCGGUUUCGUGUGAUUUUCCGCUGUGAGGAGUUUUAGGAGUGAAGGGAUAUUCUCCUUUGGGAAAGGGAUUUUUUUUCGGUUGUUGGAGAUUGUUUGGUGAAAGUUUUGCUGAAAGGUGAUUGUUUUUUGAAAGUUCUUCGAGAAUAUCAGUGCAAAGGUGGCAACAGGUUGUUGGUGGUUCCAUUAGUUGACGGAAAAUCCUCUUCAAACGAUAAGUGCCCCCUGGUGAGGCGGCACCCCACCACAUCGGCAGUCGCACUCCCACUGCUCUAGGAGGGCAGCGGGAUCGCACCCAGCCCCCUCCCCAGGUGCCCAAGGAAUGACCACGCUCAUACCCACCACGUCGUCCCAGCCCGCCGCCGGGGUUGAGGCGUACGAGGACAUGUUCAAGGAAAUUACGCGCAAACUGUACGGCGAAGAGUCCGCCCACGGACUCUACCCGCACAACACCCAGAUCGCCCAGGUUGCGCAGCUUGCUCCGGGAGCCCCCGCAGCAGCUCCCGAGGGUGGCGAGCGGUCCUUCACGACGCUCGUCUCGGACCGAAACAUUACGACGAUCGAUUACGAGACUACGACGGUGAAUGACCAGGGCCAGCAGCAGCAAGGUCGGUCGGAGGAACAUCUGACGACGGCGUUCGGCCUGGCUGCACUCAUGCAGAACGGAUUCCCUCCGCCGGGGGCCAUCCUGAAUCCGGUCAACUUUCCCGCGAAAGCAAAUCUUGUCGCCGUGACCAGUGACGAUCGCUGGCAGCAGCAGCAGGAACAAACCUCCGGCGAGCAGUCGUGGAGCUCGGGUGGCGGCAAACACUCGUCCACUUCGUACUCCCACAAAUCGGGCAAGAAGCCCAAGGUAGAACCGCUAGAUGGCUCGCCCACCGGCAGUGGCAGCACUCUCAACAUUCCGCAGUCCGACAAGAGCAAAGGCAACUUCAGCCCCUCGUCGGCGACCGUCGGAGCUGCCACCGGAAAGCGUUACGCCUGCACAAGCUGUCCGUACACCACGGAUCGGCGCGACCUGUUCACGCGCCACGAGAACAUUCACAAAGAGGAGAAGCCAUUCCAUUGUUACGCCUGCCUGAAGCAGUUCAACCGGGCGGAUCACGUGAAGAAGCACUUUAUGCGGAUGCAUCGUGACAUGGACUACGAAAUCGCCAAAACCCGCCGCAUAACCGCGGUCAGCUCCACUUCAACACCGACCAGUAGCACCGCCAAGCCCUACUACAGCAGUAGUAGCAGCAACACGCCGGUUUCGGCACCAGCCCCACCCCCGCCAACCACGCUCGUGUCCCCACCGGUAUCCGUAAUCCCGGUGGUCAGCACCCUCAACAUUCCGACGGCCAACUUUCCGGCCCAACUCAGCAUUCCCAGCAGUCACCACGGGACCGCAACCAUCGAAUCGUCGUCCCACGGCUCGACCGUCACGGCCGUCAUCAACAGUCACAACAUUGUCACGCUGAACGGAAGCGGCCUGAUUCAGCACCACCAUCAGCAGCAGCAGAACCAGCAGCAGCAACACCAGCCUGUUCUGCAACAGCAGCAGCAGCAGCAGCAAAUAGUAGUAAAUGCCCCACCUAUCGUAGCUAUCAAACAGGAGAAGGGAGUGCAGCCGAGGGCUGAAGGUGCGGGGAAUAGUAACGGCAGCAAUGCCGCCAACCUGGUCGACGAUAAAUCCUUCGCGAAGAAGAACAAGGGCGAGAAGCGGUUCACCUGUUGCUACUGUCCGUGGAGCGGUGCUGACAACUGGGGCCUCAAGCGACACCUCAACACCCACACCAAGCCGUACGUGUGUAUGCUGUGCGACUACAAGGCGGCCCGCUCGGAGCGGCUCGCGACGCACGUCUUCAAGGUGCACAACAAGAAGGCCUGCAGCAAGUGCACCUUCUUCGCCGAGGAUCAGGACCAGCUGAACGCUCACAUGCAGGACUCACAUCCUAACGAACCGGCCAAACCAGUGAAGCCGGCCACUUCGCCAAUCGGCGGUGGCAGCACCGGGAAUGUCCUCCGAACCCUUGGGAACACCUUCGUUCCGAACAAUCUCCACGGGAACAACCCGACCAGCAGUGGGAAUUCCUUCGGAACAUCGGUCGUCAACAACAGCAGCAGUACCAACACCACCAUCCUGUACCAAACGACAACGUCGACCACGGCCAUCCCGUCGACCGGGAACAUCCUCACCAACAGCAACGCGUCCAACCUGAUCGACACCAUCAACCAGCAUCUGGCGGCCAACGGCGGCACCGUAACGGUCGUGUCGGGAAACGGGCUAGGUGGAGGGGUUGGGCAGGUGACCACCCCUCACAAUCACCAUCAGCAGCAGCAGCAAAAUCACCUUCAACAUAAUCAGAAUCAGCAGCAGAUUCCGCAACAGCAGCAACAACAACAUCACUGGAUAGCGAAAGUGCACCGGAAGCGGGGAUCCGAGCUUCUGUACAGCUAUCUGGAGGCGGACGGAAGCGACUCGGAAGAUUACGCCCGCUUGCUCAGCAUGCAGGCCCUCGGCCGCAACAAAACAUCCGUCACGCAGGAUUUUCAUAACGCGGGAGGCGGAACCCAUCGCCAGUAUCACGCCAACCACAACAGCGACAGCAACAGCAGCAGCAUCGAUAGCAGCAACGAUCAACCAUCUUCUCCACCACUGUCCUCGGCGUCGUCCCGUUCACCAUCGACGUCCCCUCCGGUGGUGGCGUCGACGACGGCGACCCCGAACCACUUGUCCGAGGAGCAUCUGUCGCUGCUGCAGCUGUUGGCCACGGCCGCCGUCGCCCAGCAGCAUCUGCAACUCCAGCAGCAGCAAAAGUCGGCGUCGUCGAUCCUCAGUUCGCCUCCCGCGAGUCAUCCACCACAACCACCACCAGCCAUAGUCCAGAACACGAACCAAAAUAGUACAAACCAGGCCCAGAUUGAUGCGAAACGGCGUCGCAAGAGCAGCUCCCGCAACGACAAGGAGAACCUUGGCCAGAAGCAACCGAACCGAAGCGUGGCCGUCGGGGGCAAGGUUAUCGAUCUGACGGUUACGGCGGCGGCGGCUGCGGCCGCCAGCGAUACCGGCAACGGAAUUGAACGGAACAACAACAGCAGCAGCAACAAUAACAAUAGUAGCGUUAACAAUAAGAAUAUAAACGAAGCUAUUUUUGAUAGAGUCAUGUACAAGAAACCGUCGUACCAGAAUAUGUUUUUAACGGCGGCGUUCUGCAAGCCGGUGCUCGGCGUCGAGAAGGAUCCCCGCCGGGAGGACCGCGUCAUCGUGGCCGAGAAGAGCUUCUCGUUGGCCGAGUUUCUGCGCAAUCACACGGAAGUGUCGAUCAGCACGCUCAACUCCACGGCGACGACGGUCAAAAAGCCCAACGACGACGAAGACGUGAUCUUCAUCAAGGAGGAGAAGCGUCGCAAGCAGCAAGCCCCGCGCAAGGUCGAUCAACCGCCGUCGUCGGAGCGCUCCGUUGGCGACAUCCGCGACAAGCACAUGAUCCGCCUGAUCACGCGGCGGCUGUGCUGCCGAAUCUGCCAGAACCAGCACGUGGCGCCGGACAACUGCCACUAUCACACCAAGACUUCGCUGAUUCUGCACCAGCGGUGGCGCCACGGUCAAGGCGCGGCCACCAACCGGUGCCAGCACUGCGGGGCAGCGUUCGCGCGCCGCUACAAACUGGCUCUGCACCAGAAGCUGAUGCACCGAAACCGAAAACCGGGGGCGAAAAAGACGGUGGCCGGAAAGAAGCAGCAACGCAAACAGCGCAAACGAAAGCCCCGCAGCCAGUGCUUCACCAAGAGACGGAAGUAAGAGAGGGUGAGUUGGACUUUUCUUUUGUAAUCGUGUACUAAGGUAGCUAUUUGUAUUAUAUAUUCUACAAACUUUUUUCUGAACAAUUCAAACUACAGACGAGGACUUACUUUACAACAAGAAACAGUAUGUAAAAACUAUAUACUUGACAUAUAUUACGUAUAUCGAACGGAAGCGACAAACAAAAGAAGAUGAGAUUCAACGUGCACAAAAAACUACUCGAAUCAAACUGAAAGCUCACUAAGUAUAUUUUAAAAAUUUCUCCUUCUUAACUUCCAAAAACAAAACAAAAAAAACUUAAAAUUACUUAUGAAAUUAGGUUCGGCUUAGCCACACAAAAAAGGGCGUGCAAUGUUUUCAGCCUGUGAAAAAUCCCACUCGAGAAACGCAAAGGAACGUACAAAAAACAAACACACACACACAAACGAGAGAGUUUUAUAAUUUUAAACCCACCAAUUAUAUAAUUUUAAAUAACGCAAAAGUUACGUUUAAAUUUGAGCCACAAAGUACAUUAUUUUGUUAAGGUUUUUUUUUCGAUGCAACACGUGCACAAGGACAUUUAAACACACUCACUCACACGCAAGCUAGUUUGAUAAGUGAUAGGGUCAGUAGGAGAGAAGGAAAUCAAUGUGUCAUAAAGAGAGGAAAACAAGAAACAAACAGAAAAAGUCGGGACGAAUCUAUCUUCUAAUACACUUAUACAGCGGAGAGCCAACCGACCAGAAACUGAUUAUAUUAUUAAAACUAUCUACUGGCGUACAAUAACUGUAUUUGGUCAAUGUGAACUCGUAAUACAACGGAUGAAAAAAAAA